CGACGGUUUUGCACACCUCCAGGAGAUUCUGACGGGCUGGGCUGGCCCGGGUGACGAUAACGUUCCUUGCGAUGUGGAGCCUUAUUUACACUGGCGCUCUUGCACCCUCGCUCGGCUCUCCAGCACCGUACCCAUGGACGCUAGCACCACAACUGCCAAGACCGAUGCUGCCGAGCGCAAGACGGUCGUCGUCGUUGGCCUCGGAAUGGUAGGCAUCGCCUUCAUCGAGAAACUACUCGACCUCGACGAAGCCCACAAGUACAAGAUCGUCACCUGCGGCGAGGAAACGCACAUCGCAUACAAUCGGGUCGCCCUUACCGAGUACUUCCAGCACCGUUCGAUCGAGAAGUUGUAUCUGAACGGGCCCGAGUGGUAUGCGAAGCAGUCGCCGGAUCGUUUCGAGUUCCACGUUGGUGAGGCCGUGACCACGCUUGAUCACGCUUCCCAUACCGUCUCGACGAGCAUCGGUCGAACCAUCCGAUAUGACUACUGCGUCCUUGCGACGGGCUCGGAGGCGACGAUCCCGAGCUACUGCAAGCCCGACAUGCAGGGCGUGUUUGUAUACCGCAACAUCGCCGAUUUGGAAAAGAUUAUGGCAUACGCCGACCGGGACAACGUACGCGGUGGAAAGGCCGUGGUGGUCGGCGGUGGUUUGCUCGGUUUGGAGGCAGCCAAAGCCGUGUACGACCUGGAGACGAUCAAGGAUGUCUCAAUCGUCAACCGCCAAGCAUUCCCCCUCUCCCGCCAGCUUGACGCUGGGGGCGGCGAAAUCGUCCUCCGCCGCAUCGAAGCCAUGGGCGUCGACGUUCUCACCAACACCUCCGUCAAAUCCAUCAUCGCCUCGCCAGACGACCCGAACGUAUUCGCUGGCCUUGAGCUGAUGGACGGCAGAACUCUGGACGCGCAUCUCGUCAUCUUCGCCAUUGGCAUCACACCUCGUGACGAUCUCGCCAGGAAGUCAGGGCUCGCGUGCGAGGAACGCGGUGGUAUCACCGUGAAUGACUCCCUGGAGACCAGCGCGAAGGACGUGUACGCUAUCGGCGAGUGCGCGAGCUGGCAGCACAACACAUACGGCCUCAUCGCCCCCGGAAUCGAAAUGGCCGACAUCCUGUCUUUCAACCUUACGCAACUGGCAACUGCUGUCGGCGGCUUCAAACCCCGCCAGAUGAACAACCCCGAUCUGUCCACCAAGCUGAAGCUCAUGGGCGUCGACGUCGCUUCCUUCGGUGACUUCUUCCGCGAAAAACGCGAGUUCGAGAAGAAGCGCCGUCCCAGGAUUCCCUCGCCCAAAGCUGAGACUAUGACCCUGCCGUCAAAGGCAGAGACAGAGGAGAAACCGCCGGUAUGGAACGUGACCGAGGACCGGACCAAGACAGCCCCUGCACAAAAGCCGCUCAGCGACGCCUCUGCGCCGAAGAAGAGGCACGGGGCGGCAGCCGCCAUGGAGGGCCCGAUCGAGACGCUGACCUACCGCGACCCAUUCGCGGGUGUGUACAAGAAAUACAUUUUCACCGCGGACGGAAAAUACGUCCUGGGUGGUAUGAUGGUGGACGACACGUCGGAUUAUGUCAAGCUAGUCGCGCUCGUCAAGAAGAAGAAGGCGCUCGAGAUCCCUCCUGGCCAGUUCAUCGGCGGAGGGGCGAAAUCGGACGAAAGCGGUGCCGAUCUCGACGACGACACGCAAAUCUGCAGUUGUCAUAACGUGUCGAAAGGCCAAGUGGCGCAAUGCGUGCGAGACGGGUGCGAUAAUAUCGGAGAUCUGAAGGCCAAGACGAAGGCCGGUACCGGGUGCGGCGGUUGCAUGCCGCUCGUGACGAACAUCUUCAAGGCCGAGAUGGAGAAGGCCGGCCACGCCGUUAACAACAAUAUCUGCCCGCACUUCGCCAUGUCGCGGGCCGAACUUUUCAACGUCGUACAGAUCAAGAAGCUCAAGACCUUCACCGCCAUCAUGGAGGACUGCGGUGUCAACAUGGACGCGUUGGGAUGCGAAACGUGCAAGCCGGUCAUCGGCAGUAUCCUGUCCUCGCUAUGGAACGAACACGUCAUGAACCCGGCGCACCAUCAGAAUCAGGACACGAACGAUAGAUUCAUGGCCAACAUACAGCGGAACGGCACUUUCUCUGUCAUCCCUCGUGUUGCAGCUGGGGAGAUCACCCCGGACAAGCUGAUCGUACUCGGCCAAGUGGCGAAGAAGUAUGGAUUGUACACGAAGAUAACUGGAGGUCAACGGGUGGACCUGUUUGGCGCUCAGAAGGCAGAUCUCCCUGACAUAUGGGAAGAGCUCGUGAACGCCGGCUUUGAGAGCGGGCACGCUUAUGGCAAAUCGCUGAGGACUGUCAAAUCUUGCGUAGGCACCAGUUGGUGUCGUUACGGCGUUGGUGACUCUGUCGGCAUGGCCAUACAUCUCGAAGAUCGUUACAAGGGCAUCCGCUCUCCUCACAAGCUCAAGGGAGGAGUGAGCGGCUGCGUUCGAGAGUGUGCUGAGGCCCAGAACAAGGACUUCGGACUCAUCGCGACAGACAAAGGCUGGAACCUCUUCCUUUGCGGAAACGGUGGCGCAGUUCCCAAACAUGCCCAACUCUUUGCGCAGGACGUUCCGCCGUCCAGAGUGGUUCGGAUCAUCGACCGCUUCAUCAUCUACUACAUCAGGACCGCGGACAAGCUUAUGCGAACAGCGAGAUGGAUCGAGCAGAUGGAAGGCGGCCUCGAUCGCCUGAAGAAGAUCAUCAUCGACGACGAACUCGGCAUCUGUGCCGAUCUCGACCGUGAGAUGGACGAGCUCGUCGGCACGUACUAUGACGAGUGGAAGGCAGUCGUCCAGGACCCGGUCAGGCGGAAGCAGUUCCGUCAGUUUGUCAACACGGACGAACGAAAGCCGCAGAUUGAGGAGAUCAUCGAGCGGGGCCAACCUCGACCGGCGAACUGGGCGAAGGUGUUCCCUCCGGUCAAACUCACAGAGUCGGACAUCCGGACGCCGAAAGAGCAGUGGACAUGGCGGCCGUUGGCCAAGGUUUCCGACCUGAUGCCGACCGAUGCGGGGACUACUUCUGCUGCUGUCAAGUAUGGCGAUACCCAGAUUGCUAUCUAUUGCGUUCCGAAGAGGGGAUUCUUCGCGACGCAGCAGAUGUGCCCUCACAAGCGAGCGUUCGUCCUGGAUCACGGUAUCAUCGGCGAUGAUCCGAAGACUGGUACAGCAUAUGUAUCCUGUCCAUUACACAAACGCAACUUUGCACUGAAAUCAGGGGCAUGCCUCAACGACGAUGAGUAUAGCAUCCUUAGCUUCGACGUCAAAGUCGAGGGCGAUGGAGAUACGGCGGUGUUAUCCCUUCUGCUCCCGGAGCCAGAGGAGCUCGACGCUGUGAUUGGGUCAAACAAAUGGAUGGUGCGGCAAGCGACGGCGGAGCUCCUCGACCGAGGUGCUGGGGAAGGCAACGGCAUCCAGAUAGUGGGUCCCGAGGACAUGGGCGAACAUGGGUCGUCAAGCAACGUCUCGUUAUGCGCCAACACCCAACUAGAGUGGUAAUCGUGGUUUAAAUGUGUUCGUGUAUGUGGUAGUAUCACAUUGUAGCAACGUAUCUAGCAAUGACAGCGACGGGGUAUCUUUUGGAAUACACGCAGUUAUAUUUUACAAACUAGCUAAACGACAUCCGUGAAGUAGUCCGCCAAGCUCUCUCUGACCUCUCGCAGCUUCUGGCUGGUUGCGAGCAGAGCAUUCUCGCGGCAGUGAGGCAGGCCAUCUAGCAUGCCCUGGCUCGGGAUCUCCUUCUCCACCAAGGCCUUGAUGAAGGUCUCAGCGAGGACCAGCUUGCCGAGAACAUCGCCGCGUUGGUGGGUAACGAUCUGUGGGCCGAGCUCGAGAACACCACGCCAGAGCGUCGCCCAUGCCUUGGCGCACUUUGGCUGGCUCAAGCACCGCGGUGAAUGAGCGAAUUGAGGGGGGUUGUUCGGCAGCUCGUCAUAGAGCUUGCCGAGCGCGUAGUGCCCGGACAGUAGUCGGAUGCGCUGCGCGCGGGAGAGGUGCGGAUCCGCGUCCCAGUGCUCCCGACCCUUAAGGAGCAUGGCGUGGUAGGCUAUACCGAGCAGAGGGCGAAGAGCGAGGCGCUCUGCGAGGGUUAGGGCGAGAGCGACGUCCCGGCCGUCGGCAACGUGCCGUCUCCAGCGGGCAGUCGUCGCUUCGAGGAGGGAAGAGUGAUUGCAUAACGCUGCGAGUUCCGUAAUAUCCCCCAAUGACGGCGUCUGCGUCGAGCCGUUCAAGGAAGGGGAGGAUGGCACGGCGUCGAACGCGCCGGGGCGGGAGUAGUAGGUGUGAAGCGCGUCGAGAGCCCAGGUGGCAAGAGUUCUGAAUUGGUACUUGUGCGUGAUGCGCGCGAGAGCGAAGAGACGUGGAACAGGCGCAUCGGGAGAGAGGGCGAUCAUGAGCUCGGGCGGGAGGGCAUAGAGCGCCCAGAGGAGGGCACGGAACUCGUCGGCGGUGUCGCCUUGGAGGCGGAUCGGAUUGUCGUCGGCCUCGCCCUCGACCGGCGUCGGCAUAGUUGACUUCAGGUUCGCGCCCGGCGUACUGGGCUCUGGCGCGUCGGGAGCAAGGAGGGAGAACAUGCCCUCGAAGGCGGAGUGGUCGCAUGCCAGGGUAGAACGAUGGACGCGGAAGAGGGUGUUGCCAACGAGGAUGACCGUGUUGCCGUCGGGAAAGUAGUACGCGUUGUCGCGCGUCGGGAUCGAGAGCUGCAACAUCGAGUCGCGCAGGAAGGCGUGCGUCGUCGCCAUGUCCGACGAGCUACCCGCCGUCUCCGCCAUCGCGAUC